CUCGUCGCGUGACAUGCACACGGGCCGUUCAGGGGGUGUGGUGUCACGAGGUACUUUUAAAUGGCUGGAGUUUUGGAUGGGCAACACAAAGUGCACACAAGCAUUCAGCAAAUCGACAUCACCUGAGAACUGAAACAAGAAUGGACGCAGGUUUCAGACAGAUGAACGGGAAUCUGGAGAGAAAGGGCUCUCUGACCUCAUCCUACCUGGAGGAACCAUUAAAUAAAACAGGAGUGGUGUCCUGCAUCUUCUCUUUGAAGCAGGAAGUUGGCGCUCUUGUAAAAGCUCUAAGACUAUUUGAGGAGAAAGGCAUUAAUCUGACCCACAUUGAGUCCCGUCCAUCACGCAACAACAAAGAAGAAUAUGAGUUCUUCAUCAGUGUGGAUCAAGCCUCUUCUAAAGCUCUCGAUGAAGUUGUUGACGGUCUGCGCACACAAAUCAGUGGCCAAGUUCAUGAGCUGUCUCGCAACAAACAGAAGGACACAGUUCCAUGGUUCCCCAAUGACAUCCAGGACUUGGACCGUUUUGCCAAUCAGAUUCUCAGUUAUGGGUCCGAGCUGGAUGCAGACCAUCCUGGCUUUACAGACCCCGUGUACCGCGCCAGAAGAAAGGAAUUUGCUGACAUUGCCUACAACUACAGACAUGGACAGGUUAUUCCACGUGUUGAAUAUACUGCUGAAGAGAAGGCCACAUGGGGAACAGUUUUUAGAGAGCUGAAGUCUCUGUACGCAACGCAUGCCUGUCAUGAACACAACCGUGUUUUUCCACUUCUGGAGAAGUACUGUGGGUACCGUGAGGACAACAUCCCGCAGCUAGAGGACGUCUCACACUACCUGCAGACAUGCACAGGUUUCCGUCUGCGUCCUGUGGCCGGUCUCCUCUCCUCGCGUGACUUCUUAGCUGGUCUCGCCUUCCGAGUGUUUCACUCGACACAGUACAUUCGCCAUAGCUCCAAACCCAUGUACACACCUGAACCGGACAUCUGCCAUGAGCUGCUGGGUCAUGUCCCACUCUUUGCUGACCCAAGUUUUGCCCAGUUCUCACAGGAAAUUGGACUCGCUUCUUUGGGCGCCCCUGAUUUGUUCAUAGAGAAGCUGGCUACAGUCUACUGGUUCACUGUGGAAUUUGGUCUGUGCAAGGAAGGAAAUGAAGUAAAGGCUUACGGUGCCGGUCUGCUCUCAUCUUUUGGCGAACUGCAGUACUGUUUGACGGACAAGCCCAAACUUCUGCCCUUCGAGCCAGAGAAGACCUGCCAGCAGAAGUAUCCCAUUACAGAGUUCCAGCCAGUUUACUUUGUGGCUGAAAGUUUCGAGGAUGCCAAAGAAAAAGUCAGGAAAUUUGCUUCCAUCAUUCCCAGACCUUUCUCUGUGCGCUACAAUGCCUACACACAGAGAAUUGAGGUGCUGGAUAACACACAGCAGCUGAAGAACCUGGCUGACAACAUCAGCGGUGAAAUCUCAAUCCUGUGCACUGCCCUGCGAAAGAUGGAGUGAAACGAUGUUGGAGGAUUUUCGAGGGAAAAGAAGAAAUGCUAGAAAAUCAAAGACGCUUCAUAAGCAUCGUCUAUAUUGCUUUUUCUGCUCAUAUACAACAUUUUCUAAUCAAACUGUGAUAGAGAGAGCAUGAUAUUAAAUUAGUCCUUAUAUAUUGCAUGUAGAACAUAUUUAUAGACAAAUUUUGCUAGUCCAAAUAUAUUUAGCCACUAUUAGCCGUAUUUAAAUGACAUAUAACGAAAUAACAAAAAAAAAAAAAAAAACCUAUGCAAGACAAAUCGCAUGUAAAUACCAAAAAUCUUCGGGCAUUAUCAGGCCCGCUGCCGCAAUAUUUGUUAUUUUAUAUAUUAUAUACUGUAUUUUUCUCGGUAGUUUAAUCGUACAAAAAUACAGGUUGCCUACCGUCCAACAUUUGCUUCAGCUGUUGCUACUUGAUGUCGCACAAUGUUGCUGUAAUUUUCCCAAACAACCCGCAAUCAAUGAAUCGCGGGAUCAAAGGCUUGUUGAAACCAUGUG